AUGGGAGCGCACCUCCCGGCGGCGGCCACGCUGGCUCUGCUGCUGCUUCACCUGCCUCGUCCAGCGUCGUCCAACUGGAUGUACCUGGGCACCGUGGGCGGCAGAAGCGUGGACACGGUGUGCGAGUCGGCGCCGCUGCAAGGGCGCGUUCAGCGGCAGCUGUGCCGCCAGCAGCCGGGCACCGUGGCCGCUGUGGCGGUGGGCGCUCGGCUGGCGCUCGCCCACUGCCAGAGGUUGUUCCGCCACGAACCGUGGAACUGCUCGCAACACAGCUUCGGACACACGCUGCGCAGAGGAAGCCCCGAGACGGCGUUCCUCUACGCCCUGCAUAGCGCCGGCGUGGCACACACGGUGGCCCGUGCCUGUGCCACGGGCCAGCUGAAGGAGUGUGCCUGCGGAUCCACCGACGUCUCCUCGCACGGUGCCUGGCGCUGGGGAGGCUGCUCCGACGACGUUCAGGUACCACGUCUGAUGACGCCAAUGGCGGCGUACAAUUCAAAACUCACCAGCGCGAUUACGCUGGCAUGA